AGUGCGCUACUUUAGCAGACCGGUGCAAACAUUUUGUUUCAUUGCAAAAAAGAAUUAAAUGGUCACUUAAAAUGGCACACAACGAAAAUUCACCGGCUAAUACAUUCCGGAAUUAUUUGAGUGUUCUCAAUGAUCCGACCGGAACUGAGGAUAUCAAAUUGAAGGCCACUCAGGAGCUGAGUGAGAACUUCGAAAUGAUCAUGCAGUCUCCUUCGUACCCCUCCUUUUUGGAAAAUGCUCUGAAGACAUUUAUGCGAAUUCUACAGGAAGGUGAACCUCAAUUUAUACAGGAGAAUACAAUACAACAUAUUCGAAAGCUGAUCUUGGAGAUGAUUCACCGAUUGCCUAUUACGGAAAAUUUAAGACAGCACGUCAAAUCUAUCAUUACCAUGAUGCUUAAAUUAUUAAAAACAGAUAAUGAGGAAAACGUCCUCAUUAGCCUGCGCAUAAUUAUUGAGCUGCAUAAACAUUUUCGACCGUCCUUCAACCCUGAAAUCCAGCUGUUUCUAGGAUUUGUGAAGGAGAUUUACACAAAUCUGCCAAAUCACUUGACGUCAAUUUUUGAAACAACGAACGAUAUUUGGGUUUCGGAUUUGAAGGAUCUAGAAAUAGAAAUGCUGUUACCAGAAACGUAUUCAAUAAGGACUGUUCACGUUGAAAAGCCACUGGAACAUAAUGCGCAGCAAAUGAUUUACAACCUGCUUCCACGAGGUAUUUUGUCAUUGAAAGUUCUCCAGGAAUUGCCCAUUAUCGUGGUAUUAAUGUAUCAGAUAUAUAAAAACGCUGUACAUCAAGAAGUUGCCGAGUUUAUACCGUUGAUAUUAACAACAAUCAACUUGCAGCCAACUGUUAUUCAAAGAAGCUCUGCGCAAAAAGAAAUUUUCGUCGACUUUAUGGGAGCUCAAAUAAAAACGUUAUCAUUUCUAGCUUAUAUUGUUCGAAUUUAUCAAGAAGUAGUGAUUUCCAACUCAUUAUCAGUAACCAAUGGCAUGCUAAACUUAAUGGAACAUUGUCCAAAAGAGGCGGCUCAUCUGAGAAAAGAAUUGUUGAUUGCAGCGCGACAUAUUUUCGCAACAGACUUACGCCAAAAAUUCAUUCCAUCGAUAGAUAAAUUGUUUGAUGAGGACUUGCUCAUUGGCAAAGGGGUUACUUUAGAUUCGAUUCGCCCAUUGGCGUAUUCAACACUCGCCGAUUUGGCACAUCAUGUGCGACAAAGCUUAAGUUUAGAUGUCUUGAUAAAAGCUGUCAAUUUGUUUGCAAAAAAUGUGCAUGAUGAAACGCUUGCUGUUGGUAUACAAACUAUGUCGUGCAAGCUGUUAUUAAAUUUAGUCGAUUGCUUGAGACAUCACAGUGAAAUUGAACCGCAAAGAUCGAGAAAUAUUCUCGGCACUUUGCUGAAAAUCUUUGUCAAGAAGUUCGAAACUAUUGCGCAAAUUCAGCUGCCACUAAUUAUUCAGAAAUGCAAGGGACAAUCUCAAGCUGGUGCUACUGGAAAUAUAACUGGCUCGUUUUCUGGGCCUGCAAGUGUGGCAGAGGUCAAAGAGGAAAAUUUGACCGGUGAUCAAGCAAAAAUGGCGCAAGGUUCACAAUUGGUUUGUUCAGUAAAUGUCGCCGAAUUCCGGAGCCUGGUUAAAACGCUUGUUGGUGGUGUUAAGACAAUUACUUGGGGAUUCUUUAACUCAAAGGGGUUGGACACCACGCAGAUGCAUGAAAAACUUUUUAAUCCCGAAAUAUUGUGUACAUAUAUUGACUUGGUGCAUUUUGCAAUGGAAGCUUUAGAUAUAUAUACGAUAAAUGUAAAUCCAAAUCAACAACGCACAUCCGGAUUAAUUUCACGCAGCAAAGAGGAAAAGGAAGUGCUGGAACACUUUAGUGGCAUUUUUCUCAUGAUGCAUUCGCAGAAUUUCCAGGAGAUUUUUGCCACUACAAUCGAUUUUCUAGUGGAAAGGAUUUACAAAAAUCAAUCGCUACAAGUGAUAGCAAACUCUUUUCUAGCAAAUCCAACAACGUCACCAUUGUUCGCAACUGUUUUGGUUGAGUAUCUGCUGGAGAAAAUGGAGGAAAUGGGUUCUAAUGUGGAGCGAUCGAAUUUAUAUCUGCGUCUGUUUAAGCUUGUCUUUGGCAGCGUUAGUCUAUUUCCAGUUGAAAAUGAACAAAUGUUGCGCCCGCAUCUACAUAAAAUAGUUAUUCGCUCCAUGGAAUUAGCGUUGAUUUCGGACGAGCCCUAUAACUAUUUUCUGCUUCUAAGGGCUUUGUUCAGAUCAAUUGGAGGUGGCAGUCAUGACCUUUUAUAUCAAGAGUUUCUUCCCCUCUUGCCAAAUCUUCUGGAAGGUCUCAAUAGAUUACAGAGUGGUUUCCACAAGCAGCAUAUGCGCGAUCUUUUCGUUGAACUCUGUUUGACUGUGCCAGUGCGUCUCUCAUCCUUGCUUCCUUAUCUGCCUAUGCUAAUGGAUCCGUUAGUUUCCGCUUUGAAUGGCUCACCGACACUAAUAAGUCAGGGCCUAAGAACUUUAGAGUUAUGUGUUGAUAAUUUGCAACCAGAUUUUCUUUAUGAUCAUAUACAACCUGUGAGAGCAGCUUUGAUGCAAGCGCUGUGGAAAACCCUUAGAAACCAGGAUAAUGCAGCACUUGUGGCAUUCAGAGUUCUUGGUAAAUUUGGAGGUGGUAAUCGAAAAAUGAUGGUAGAGCCACAAACAUUGAAUUAUGACCAAAAUGAAAUGCCCAAAAUAUCGAUAGUAACUUAUUUCCAAGAAUACGAAAAGCCCAUCGAGUUUCCUGUCGACAAUGCCAUUGAAUCUGCUUUUAAAGCGCUAAGUUCAAAUACAACAGAUCAGUUUUACCGACGUCAAAGCUGGGAAGUUAUUCGAUGUUUCUUAGCUGCAUUUAUUAGUUUGGAUGAUGAAAAACAUACACUACUGAAGCUGUUUACCCACAACGAUUUUGUCGAGAGCAACAUUAUGAAUUGGCCCAUUUUCCAUAAUAAAAUUGAAGCAACCAGUGUAAGGGGAACACAUCAGACUGCCUUGAUUGGCAUGUUAGUGGCCUCUGCCACCAAAGAUCUACGGGAUUCAGUGUGUCCAGUAAUGGCGGCUGUAGUAAGACACUACACUAUGGUCGCAAUUGCUCAGCAAGCAGGACCAUUCCCACAAAAGAGUUAUUCUUCAAAUGGCAUUGAUCCGAUGGUGCUGAUUGAUGCUUUGGCGGCGUGCAUGGGCCAUGAGGAGAAGGAAUUGUGCAAACCAGGUAUCGCUUGCAUGGGUAUUAUCUUGGACACCGCAACCAACAUAAUGGGCAAUAAGGACAGAGCCUGCAAAUUACCACUAAUGCAAUAUUUAGCUGAGAAAAUGACUGCGUUGUGCUAUGAUCGUCCAUGGUAUGCAAAAGUUGGCGGUUGUCAAGCCAUUCAAUUCCUCUGCAAGCACAUGUCACUGCGUGCUCUCCAGCACCUUUUCAACUUUCUUAAAGCAUUUAUGUUUGUCUUGAUGGAUCUGGAAGGCGAUGUUUCGAAUGGCGCUCUAGAUAUCACUAAAAAUUAUAUGAAAACCAUGCUGGAAAUAUGCUUGUCUCCAAUUAGUAUCAAUUCCCGGAAUGAUGAGCUUGAAGACUUGCAAGCAAAAGCUACGUAUGAAGUAAUUCACGAACUUGUGCGUCACAUAACAAGUCCAAAUUCGAUUGUCAGAGAAGAAUCGAUGGUUUUAUUGCAACACAUUGGCUCGAUACAAAAGAAAACAGUGUCUGAAGUCAUGGAUCCUCACAAAGACGUCCUUGCGGACAUAAUACCGCCCAAAAAGCAUUUAUUGAGACAUCAGCCUGCCAAUGCACAAAUCGGACUGAUGGAUGGCAAUACAUUUUGCACUACUUUGGAGCCACGUCUCUUUACUAUAGAUUUAUCAAACACUUAUCACAAGCUCUUUUUCCAUGAGUUGCUUACGCUAAGUGAAGCUGAGGAUGCUACCUUGGCCAAACUUGAUUGCUACAAAAAUGUUUCUAACCUUAUACCGUUAAGGAUAAGUGCUCUACGCGCUUUGGCAGCAUGUCAUUAUAUAAACGACAUUGGCUAUAAGGAAAAGAUUAUAAACAUUAUUUUCAAGGUGAUGGAGAGUGAUAAACCAGAGUUGCAGGAAACUUCAUAUCAAUGCAUGAAGACUUUUAUUAGCGGCAUAACUCUCGACAGAGAAAAGAUUCAACUAGCUAUGCGACCCCUGUUGCUGAAGCUUGGCGACCACAGGCACUUGUCUAUUCCAGCCCUUAAACGUUUGUCAUAUUUUACGCAACUUUUCCCUCAAAUGUUUAAUGAGAAACUGAGUGAGCAAAUAUUGAUGCAUUGUGCCAAAAUAAUCGAAAUAUUCGUUAACCAAUACAAGUGCACAAAUGAUUCAAUGAACUUCUUUUCCACAUCGAAAGGAGGCGAUUAUGAGCAGAAAAUCGUGACACUUAUUGAAAUGUUUUAUCAUAUCACAGCAUCGUCAAAGUAUAUUGAGAAGUUGUGUCAACUUGUCUUGCAAACUGAAAAGAAUCUGAUGAUCGAAGCUUCGAGUCCAUACCGUGAAGCUUUACACAUGUUUCUGCAACGUUUUCCUGUCGAGACCGUUGAUCUCUUUAUGAUUGAAGACUUCAUGACUGAUUCGCAAUGGAAUCGCUUUUUUAUUUUUAUACUCAAGCACAAGAACGGUCAAGCUUUUCGAUCGGUUAUCAAGAAUUCAAAGUACACAAUUUUAUUGGAUUAUCUGAACUGGAGUGCAGAUGUUGUGAAUAAAAACAAAUACGAUGUGCAACACCAAGCAGUAUUGAUCAUCUACACUCUGAUGGAACUGGAUGAUCAAUGGAUACCAACGAAACCCGAUAUUGUCGAUGCUCUAAGAAAUAUGUGGCGCAAUAAUUUGUAUUCAACAUGCGUGGAAAAUGUAGCUUGUGAUUUGUGGCAUUUAGUGGGAAAAAUACUCUUGCUAUAUUUCUCUAACAACACAAAUGACAUUGAUUUACUGUUCCAACUCUUGAGAGCAUUAUGUUUACAUUUUAUACCUGAUGUUUAUUUUCUGCGCGAUUUUCUACAGAACACUGUGGCACAGAGCUUCACAGUCAACUGGAAAAGAAAUGCAUUCUUUUAUUUUGUUGAGAACUUUAACAAUAAUGCAUUUUCCGAAGAUGUAAAAGCGAAAAUAAUAACAUCAGUUAUAAUCCCAUGUUUCACAGUGAGCUUCGACAAAGGCGAAGGAAACAAGUUAAUUGGCGCUCCGCCAACACCUUACCAAGAAGAUGAGAAGAACAUCGUGUCAGUGUUCAUUAAUAAAGUCUUUGAUCCUGAAAAGCAGUACGAUGAUGCAGUAAGGAUAGCGUUAUUGCAACUAGCAUGUCUGUUGGUUGAGCGUGCUUCGCAACAUAUUCACGAUGGCGAUGCAAACAAUAAACGACAAGGCAAUAAGCUGAGACGAUUGAUGACCUUCGCAUGGCCCUGUUUGCUAAGCAAGAAUUGUGUUGAUCCCACAGCGCGAUACCAUGGCCAUCUUCUGUUGGCCCACAUCAUAGCCAGACUGGCAAUACAUAAGAAAAUCGUACUCCAAGUUUUUCAUUCGCUGCUCAAAGGACAUGCUCUCGAAGCGAGACCAAUUGUCAAACAAGCCCUGGACGUGUUGACACCAGCGAUGCCCCUCCGCAUGGAGGACGGCAAUACAAUGCUAACCCACUGGACUAAGAAAAUUAUUGUGGAGGAAGGUCACGCCAUACAGCAGUUGUUUCACAUACUCCAAUUAAUUAUACGGCAUUAUAAGGUUUAUUUUCCAGUGCGACAUCAACUGGUGCAACAUCUUAUUAACUAUAUGCAACGUUUGGGAUUCCCUCCAAGCGCGUCGAUUGAGCACAAAAAAUUGGCUGUGGAUUUAGCUGAAGUUAUCAUAAAAUGGGAACUACAUCGGAUUAAGGAAGAUGAAAGAGACGUGAAGAUCGAAGAAUCCGAAGAGGAAUUAAAAGACGUUCAGCACGUGAAAAGGACCGCGACCGAGUCGACAGAAAGCCGCAAGAAAACGGCGGAGGGUACAGCAUCAGCCACUGCACAAGGAAGCGGAAGAACCGAUGACCUGCUUCGAUCAAUAGAUAAGUCUUACUGCGAUACAGUGCUCAACUUCCUGAUACGCUUGGCAUGUCAAGUUAAUGAUCUGCAGCCAGGGAUUAUUUCGCCCGGCGAGAAUCUAUCAAGACGCUGCAUUAUGCUAUUGAAGUUGGCCAUGCGUCCAGAGAUUUGGCCCCAACCGUUUGAUAUUAAAUUGAACUGGCUAGACAAGGUGUUGACUACAAUUGAGACGCCGCAGCACAACUUAAACAAUAUUUGCACAGCCAUUGACUUCCUCACGUUCUUGACGACAAUUUUGAGCCCAGAACAAUUAGUGACUAUUGUGCGACCUGUUCAGCGAGGUCUAUCGCUGUGUAUUAUACAUCAGAAUACGCGAAUUGUGCGUUUAAUGCACAUCUUUUUGACGCGUCUAAUGGCGAUCUUUCCACCGGACGUACAGCAUAAGCACAGUGAAUUGGAUGUUUUAUAUAGUGCUAUAAGCAAAAUGAUUACAGAGAAUCUUACAUACUAUGAGAAGACGCCGCAACCAAAUGCAUCUUCCCUGUUUGGCGCCCUGAUGAUUCUAAAGGCUUGCACUACCAAUAAUCCGACUUAUAUAGAUCGGAUAUUGGUGCAGUUUAUAAGGGUAUUGAAUCGCCUUACAAAAGAUCAUAUUAACAUAAACACGAAUGGCGCCGUGAAUCCACCACCAGCUGACUCCAAUUCCUUGGCUCUAGAGUUAUUGGUAUUAUCGCUAGAAUUGAUCAAAAAUCGCAUUGUGAUAAUGAGUGUGGAAAUUCGCAAACUAUUCAUUGGUACAAUACUGGUUAGCCUCAUAGAAAAGAGCUCGGAAGUCAAGAUAAUCAAAUGCAUCAUUAAAAUGCUGGACGAUUGGGUAAAAAGCAAGGAUACGAAUCUUGCAACACAAGUGCCAUCCAUACGUGAAAAAUCUGCACUACUGGUGAAAUUGAUGCAAUACGUUGAAAAGAAAUUCGUCGAUGAAGUUGAACUGAAUGUGCAAUUUUUGGAAAUAAUCAACUACAUCUAUCGCGAUGAGGUGCUGAAACAAACUGAACUGACAAGUAAACUGGAAGGCGCCUUUCUCAAUGGACUUCGUUUCCAAAAUCCGCAUAUUCGGGCAAAAUUCUUUGAAAUCCUGGACUCAUCAAUGCGUCGUCGGCUUCACGAUAGACUGUUGUAUAUAAUCUGUUCACAGGCAUGGGACACGAUUGGAUCUCAUUAUUGGAUAAAACAAUGCAUUGAACUCCUAAUACUUACUGCCAAUACGAUGACACAAAUUCAAUGCUCGAAUGAAGCAUUCAAAGUUCCUAGCAUUACUUCGGUGAUUCCAACUAAUGCAACCGAUUCGCAAGAAAAUACUUUCGUCUCAUUUUUAUCAUCGCAGUCCGAAUCUUUUGAGAAUGUGCAAAGUGUUAAUGACAAAGAUGAUGUGUUUGAUAUUGAUUUAAAGUUGGAAUUUACAUCCGUGCGCAAGGAAGAUUGCCAACAAAUACUGCCCACUCGACGUGACACGCUCGUGGAGCUGAUAUACAAGCAGGCCGAGUUCCUCGAAGCCAAUCGUAAUAUUCGCACUGAUCAAAUGCUAGUGGCCACGUCACAGUUGUGUCACAUGGACACACAAUUGGCGGAGAGCAUUUGGUUGUCGAUCUUCCCUAGUAUUUGGAAUAUAUUCUCAGAUGACCAGCGCGUAAACAUUUCUAAGGAAUUAAUACCUUUCCUUGCAUCGGGCACGAACGUGAAUCAAAAGGAUUGUAGUCCCAGCACGCUCAACACAUUCGCCGAAGGUUUAACGAAGUGUAAUCCACCGAUAUACAUUCCCCCUAAUCUUUUAACCUAUCUCGGAAAAUCCCAUAAUCUUUGGCAUAGAGCUAUCUUGGUAUUAGAAGACUUGGCCUUGACACAGGCAGCGCGAAGUGAUGCAAAUCUUGCAGAGGCCAAUAGCCAACCUGAACUCGACUCCCAACAGUUGAACAACAUUUAUGAUUCGCUAUCCAAAAUGUAUUCGUCAAUGCACGAAGAAGAUUUGUGGGCUGGAUUAUGGCUAAAGUUUGCCCAUUACCCAGAGACGAAUAUAGCUAUCUCAUACGAGCAAAUGGGUUUCUUUGAAGAAGCUCAAGGCGCAUACGAUUUAGCCAUGUCUAAGUUUAAGCAGGAUCUCAAUGGCGGCCUUAUACAAAUUGACAUAAAUAGCGAAUUGUUGUUGUGGGAAAAGCAUUGGAUGCGGUGUGCCAAGGAGCUUAAUCAAUGGGACAUUUUAUUGGACUAUGCUCAGACUAAUCGAGAAAAGAACAUGUUUCUUAUUUUGGAGAGCUCGUGGCGCGUUCCUGACUGGAAUUUAAUGAAGACGGCGCUAUCCAAAACAGAGCAAUGCUACUCUAAGCACUAUGGAUAUAAACUUAAUCUGUACAAGGGAUAUUUAUCCAUUUUGUAUCAAGAGGACAGACAAGCAACAAGUGUGGAGCGUUACGUUGAGAUUGCCUCUAGCUUGUGCAUCAGGGAGUGGCGACGUUUGCCCCGCAUUGUCUCCCAUAUCCAUCUGCCAUUCCUUCAAGCAUCGCAGCAAAUUAUGGAACUACAUGAAGCGAGUCAAAUACAUCAAGGUUUGUCACAGUCGAGAAACUCGUCGCUUCACGACAUGAAAGCCAUUGUUAAGACAUGGCGCAACCGAUUGCCCGUUAUUUCAGAUGAUUUAUCGCAUUGGAGCGAUAUAUUCACAUGGCGGCAACAUCAUUAUCAGAUCAUUACGCAACACCUGGAACAACAAUCGGAUCAGGGUAGCACAAUGCUAGGUGUUCACGCAUCUGCACAGGCCAUCAUUUCUUUUGGCAAAAUUGCCAGAAAACAUAAUCUUACUGGUGUGUGCCAAGAAACUCUUUCCAGAAUAUACACUAUACCAUCGGUGCCCAUUGUGGAUUGUUUCCAGAAAAUACGGCAACAAGUGAAAUGCUACUUGCAAAUGCCCUCAACAUCGGGCAGAAAUGAAAUCAAUGAGGCUCUUGAAGUGAUCGAGUCCACAAACUUAAAGUAUUUCACCGGAGAAAUGAAUGCGGAAUUCUAUGCUCUCAAAGGUCUUCUUUUGGCCCAAAUUGGACGCACCGACGAGGCGGGAAAAUCGUUUAGCGCGGCGGUUCAACUCCACGAUGGACUCACAAAAGCCUGGGCUAUGUGGGGUGAUUAUAUGGAAAAAAUAUAUUUGAAGGAGAAGCAAAUCUCGUAUGCCGUAAAUGCAUUGAUUUGUUAUCUCCACGCUUGCCGCAAUCAAAACGAGAGUAAAACUCGCAAAUACAUAGCCAAAGUGUUGUGGUUCUUGUCAUACGAUUCCGCGGAUACUUUGAUAAGUACGUUUGAAAAAUACGUAUCGGGAAUACCACCAUCUUACUGGUUGCCUUGGAUUCCACAACUUCUCUGUUGUCUCGAGCAAUUUGAUGGUGAUGUUAUACUUAAUUUACUAAGCCAGAUUGGACGACUUUAUCCUCAGGCGGUUUACUUCCCUAUUCGCACCCUGUACCUGACCUUAAAAAUCGAGCAAAGAGAAAAGCAUAAAUCCGCGGAGCAGGCAGUAUUUGCCGGUAAACUGGUGUCAACGAACUUGGAAAAUCCUUCUACGAUGUGUGGUCGAAGUGCAGCGCCCACAGCCUCUGUCAAUCCCAUUAAAGCAACUCCGCCGAUGUGGCGUUGCUCCAAGGUAAUGCAACUGCAGCGUGAAGUGCACCCCACCAUUUUGAGUUCCCUUGAGGGUAUUGUGGAUCAAAUGGUGUGGUUUAGAGAGAGUUGGACUGAAGAAGUUCUGCGGCAACUGCGUCAAGGAUUAAUUAAAUGCUAUGCCAUAGCAUUUGAGAAUCGAAAUACGGUUGUGAAUGCAACGAUAACGCCACACACGCUGCAUUUCGUGAAGAAACUGGGUUCCACAUUUGGCAUUGGCAUUGAGAACGUGCCUGGAUCUGUAACGUCAUCCAUCUCGCACUCAGCCGCUUCAGAGUCACUGGCAAAGCGAGCGCAAGUCACAUUCCAAGAUCCUGUUUUCCAGAAAAUGAAAGAACAAUUUACGAAUGAUUUUGAUUUCUCCAAGCCAGGAGCAAUGAAAUUGCAUAAUUUGAUCUCUAAAUUGAAAACGUGGAUCAAAGUCUUGGAAGCAAAGGUGAAAAAGCUACCCACAUCCUUCUUAAUUGAAGACAAAUGCCGCUUUUUAUCGAACUUUAGUCAGAAGACAGCUGAAGUCGAGUUGCCUGGUGAACUCUUGAUUCCCUCAUCUUCUCAUUAUUAUGUGCGCAUUGCACGCUUCAUGCCACGUGUAGAAAUUGUGCAAAAGAAUAAUACGGCGGCCCGUCGAUUGUAUAUAAGGGGCACAAAUGGAAAAAUUUAUCCUUACCUCGUGGUUCUCGACUCAGGUCUUGGCGAUGCACGACGCGAGGAACGAGUGCUGCAGCUCAAACGAAUGCUCAACUAUUACUUAGAGAAACAAAAAGAAACCAGCCGUCGAUUCCUCAAUAUAACUGUGCCAAGAGUCGUACCCAUUUCGCCUCAGAUGAGACUUGCCGAGGAUAAUCCAAACAGCGUCUCGUUGCUGAAGAUAUUCAAAAAAUGUUGUCUCAAUGUUAAAAUGGAUUACGAUAUGCCUAUUGUAAAAUAUUACGAGCGUCUAUCGGAAGUUCAAGCACAAGGAACACAGAUUUCGCAUACAAUCUUGAGAGAGAUUUUCUCAGAAGUGCAGUGGACGAUGGUUUCAAAGACACUGCUGAGACAAUGGGCGGUAAGCACAUUUGCGGCCGCUACAGAUUUUUGGCAGUUCCGAAAAAUGUUGACACUUCAAUUGGCAUUAGCGUAUCUUUGUGAGCAUGCUCUAAAUCUGACGCGCUUAAAUCCAGACAUGAUGUACCUACAUCAGGACUCCGGACUGAUGAAUAUUUCAUAUUUUAAGUUUGAUAUCAACGAUGAUAAACAACAGUUUAAUCAACACAGACCAGUGCCAUUCAGAUUGACUCCCAACAUUGGUGAAUUUAUAACUAACAUUGGUAUUUCUGGACCACUGUCAGCUGCAAUUGUAGCAACAGCUCGUUGUUUCAUUCAACCCAACUACAAACUUAGUUCGAUAUUACAAACAAUUUUGCGAGAUGAAAUUAUCACGUUACAAAAGAAAGGAUUUAGGCAAAGCAAGGUAUUGGAUGCAUCCGAUGAGCCCUCCGUUGACAAUAACACAAUGGAGCACACGGUUCGCGUGGUGAAUUCAGCUGUGGAUACAAUUUUAUUACGAUUAAAUAAAAUCUCAUAUUUCGAUAAUAUUGAAAAGAAAAAGGUGUCAGCCCUCAUUCAAUCUGCAACGAAUAUUGAGAACCUUUGUCGUAUGGACCCGGCUUGGCAUCCAUGGCUUUAAGUUUAAGUUUUCAUUGUAAUUAGCAUAAUAUACAUAUUUGUAAUAAAGACAUGACUUUUAAUAUGAAUGUAA